AUGUCGGAAAAAACUCACACCUCGAGACUUGCUGCCUACAAGAACACUGGUCAUGGAGUUAACGACCUUCGUCGCAAAAGGGCAGAACUUAGCAUCAACCUUCGCAAGCAAGCUCGAGAUGAGCAACUUCUUAAGAGGCGGGUUAUGUCAUCAGAUGGGGAGGAAGGUCAGGAAGCCCCACAGCCCAUGACGGCGUCUGAGAUUGUCAAAGGGUUGAAAUCAUCUGAUGUUUCGAUCAUGGUGACGGCAGCCAGAGCAGCUCGUAGAAUAUUGUCCAAAGAACAGAAUCCGCCAAUCACGAUGAUGCUGCAAGCCGGAGCUUUGAAACCUUUAGUUAACGCACUGGAUAGAGAUGACUGUCACGAUCUACAAUUUGAAGCUACUUGGGCUAUAACCAACAUUGCCUCCGGUACUCACGAUCACACCAUGGCAGUUGUAGACAGCGGAGCAAUACCAAAGCUGGUGGCACUUCUUGGCCAAAGAGGUGCCGUAGCUGAACAGAGUGCCUGGGCUCUUGGAAAUAUAGCUGGUGAUGGGGCCGAGCCCAGAGACAUAGUGCUGUCCCAUGGCGCCCUCCCGGCUUUGCUUCCUCAUUUGCAAACUGACUGUCCUGAAACACAAUUGAGGACGGCUGCUUGGACACUGAGCAACUUCUGCAGAAAUAAAAACCCAAUAGUUGAUUUUGAGCUCGUGGCUCCUGCUCUGCCGUAUGUAGCUGAAUUACUAGAUGUUGUAGAUCCAGAAGUUUUAGCGGACACCUGCUGGGCACUAUCUUAUUUGACUGAUGGGCCCAACGAGCGCAUAGAGGAGGUCCAGAACACCCCCCGAUUACUGACUCGCCUCAUCAAACUUCUGCAACAUUCUUCGCCAUCUGUUCGUACACCGGCACUAAGGGCUGUUGGUAAUAUGCUUACUGGUUCGGACCAACAGACCGAAAGAUGUCUCCAAGAAGGCUGCCUCAGCCACAUAGCAGCACUGCUGCAAUGCGGAAAGGCAACUUUAGUGAAGGAAGCUGCAUGGGCUGUCAGCAACGUGCUAGCUGGUACUAGCGAUCAAAUUCAGCAGGCUAUCAAUAGUGGCAUCUUGUAUACACUUGUCAAGGUGCUUACUGUGGAUGAUGUUAAGUGUCAAAAAGAAGCAGCCUGGGCGCUCACCAACUUGUGCUUAGGUGGAACACCAGCUCAAUUGGACGCGUUGGUCCAGACUGGUUUCUUGGAGCCGUACUGUGCUUUACUUGGAUCACCAGACCACAAAGCUAUUGUAGUUGUGUUGGAUGGCUUAACACAUCUAUUGCAAGCUGCCGCUAAGUUUGGUCAAGUCGAGCCUUUGUGCAUUAAUUUAGAAGAAAUAGGUGCCUUAGAUAGAAUUGAAGCUCUACAGGGGCAUGAAAAUGAGCAGAUCUACAAAAAGACGCUACACAUCCUGGACACCUACUUCAGUGAGGAAGCAGACCCAAAUGCCGAGCCAGAACAAACUGACAAUGAAUUCCAAUUUGGUGUCAGCACUGGGCAGAAUAUUAAUUUUUAA